UAUGUCUUGUGUUACAAUGUCUCACGUCUUACCAUUACUAUCCAUCAUUAAUAAAUCAUCUUCUCCAUUUUCACACCUCUUGUAUGUUAUCCUAAUUACCAUUUCAUUUGCAUCUUUCAUCUUGUGUAGCUAAUUUGGGUAUAUAUUUUUGUUGUUGUGGUUUCUCAACCAAAAUGGGUCCAAAGAAAUGGUUCAAGAUACUACUCAGAAGGAAGAAACAUAAGGAAGAUAAAUCCAAACAAGAAAAGGUACAAUCCACUGAUGAAAUAUCAAAUGAAUCCUCUAAUGGGAAGCAAAGUCCUCAUGAAGAGUCGAGUAGCACUCCGAAUGAAGGUUUGAUGAUGGACAGGACAGUUCCAUCGAGGUUGAUUGACAAUAUUGCUGCUACUAGGAUUCAAAAUGCAUUUCGGUCAUUUAUGGCAAGAAGAACAUUUCAACAUCUAAGGGGAGCAGAGAAUUUUGAAGCUUUAAUUCAAGAUCACAUGGCCAGAGAGCAAACAACAACUACGCUUGACUAUAUACAUUCAUGGAGCAGAAUACAAGAUCAAAUUCGAGCUCGCAGAAUCUGUAUGAUAACAGCAGCCAAGAUUAAGCAAAAGAGAUUGGAAAGCCAGUUAAAAAUUGAUGCUAAGAUUAAUGAGCUCGAGGUGGAAUGGUGCAGUGGUUCUGAAACAAUGGAAGAGAUAGUUUCCAGGAUACAUCAGCGAGAAGAAGCAGCAAUUAAACGAGAGCGAGCCUUGGCAUAUGCUUUCUCGCAUCAGUGGAGGCCAAACUGUAACCAGUAUUUUGGCCAGGCUUCUUAUAGCCUUAGUAAAGAAAGCUGGGGUUGGAGCUGGAUGGAGCGUUGGGUUGCAGCGCGUCCUUGGGAAGUCCGGGUUCAAGUUCAGUCUCCCCAAACAAAGAAACUCAACGGCCAGCAGCAGCAGAAAACCAAAAUAGAUAAGCCGAACCACAAUGAAACAAAAUCACCAUUGGCUAAAGCAGCCCUGUCAAAUGGGAAGGAGACUGAGAAAGGAAAGAAAAACAAAACAUAAGGGUUGCCAAAAAAAUGCUGGGCAGAAAAUUAGAUGGAUAUUGGUUUCUUCAUCUUCUUUUGAUGUUUAUUUUUCUAUAUUUGGCUUGUGAGAAUCUAUCAUUUGGUUUGUACUGUGUCUCCUUAGAAGACUUUAACUUAUUAUUUGGUUUUGUAUGUAUCAUGAAUUCCCUUGUUUUGGUUGAAACAUGAGAAUGGUCUAUAUUAUUCCCUUCAA